CUCAGUCAGUGCCGUCGGCGCCUGCUCCCGCUCUGAGGCGGUCCCCGGUGAGGGGGAGAUCAGCCGUAAGCCGUUAGAAGCAUCUUAUUCUCAUGAGAAAAUCGGUUGAAGGCGCCUCUAACUCAUUUGUGACAGAAGACAGUCAGCAGUAUGCUGUUCUUACAGAUUCCAUUUGUGCUCAUCUUCUUCCAAAGACAAAACAGAUUCUGUUAUCAUCUGACUCAGAGGCAGUGGUACCCUAUCCUCAGGAGCCUCAGAAUCUGGAUGACUCGUCACCUGCGAGUCAGUUUUCCCUGGUGUGCUGGCCACACCACUGUAAAGUCAUCAGGGACAGAAUUGAGCACAUUGAUUGGAUACCCACUACCCCUGAGCCAUUGUACACUACAACAGGUUUGGAGAUGACGCCGCAAUACCAAACUCCUGACAAAGGCACUGUGAUUUAUCUAGGAGAAGAAGCCAACAAGAACUCCUGCUUUAUGUAUUCCCAAGAGAGAGGUGUCUGCCCCCUGAAGCAGAUCCUCCAUCAGAAAGAGGACAAUACACUGAUCUUCGAAGCACGGUUUGAGAGUGGGAAUUUGCAGAAGGUGGUCAAAGUCAAUGAAUUUGAGUACCAGCUGACCCUGCGCACCGACCUCUACACAAGCAGACACACACAGUGGUACUACUUCCAAGUAAGCAAUACACAGGCAGGGAUGCCGUAUCGCUUCACUAUUGUCAACUUUACCAAGCGUAACAGCCUAUAUAAACAUGGCUUGCGCCCACUGUUGUACUCAGAAGCUGAUGCUAAGAAACACAAGGUUGGCUGGCGAAGGACUGGAAAUGAAAUCAAGUAUUACAAAAACAAUGCGGGCCAAGAUGGACGUCAGUAUUUCUCACUCACUUGGACAUUCCAGUUCCCUCAUGACCGAGACACCUGCUACUUCGCCCACUGCUAUCCUUACACCUACUCCAACCUGCAGGAGUACCUGGUGGCCAUCUCUAAAGACCCAGUGAAGUCCAAAUUCUGCAAGAUUCACAUCUUGUGCCAUUCACUGGCAGGAAACUCAGUGUAUGUUUUAACUAUCACCAACCCCCCCAAAAGUGGCAAGGGCACCAAGAGGAAGGCGGUGAUACUAACCGCGAGGGUGCAUCCGGGAGAAACUAACAGUUCCUGGAUAGUGAAGGGCUUUCUGAAUUACAUUCUUGGCAAUUCAGGCAAAGCUCAACUCCUGCGGGACAAUUUUGUCUUCAAAGUGGUACCCAUGCUGAAUCCAGAUGGUGUGAUUGUGGGAAAUCACCGUUGCUCUUUAACAGGUCAGGACUUGAACCGCAAAUACAGAUCUAACGUGAAGAAAUUUUAUCCUUCCAUUUGGUAUACCCGAAACAUGAUCAAAAGAGUGAUGGGGGAACAUGGUGUUUUUCUGUAUUGUGACAUCCAUGGUCACAAUAGGAAACAAAAUGUCUUCAUGUAUGGUUGUGAGAGAAAGCAGCAAGCAAAAGCACCAUACAUGCAUCCACGUGUGUUCCCACUCCUGCUGAGCAAGAGCUGCCCAGAUAAGUUCUCGUUCCCAGACUGCCGUUUCAGAGUACAAAAGAGCAAAGAAGGCACGGGUCGAGUGGUAAUGUGGAAGAUGGGCAUCAACAACAGCUACACUUUGGAAGCCUCUGUCUGCGGCUCUAAGUUGGGCUGCAGACAAAGCACCCAUUUUGAUACGAAAGACUUGGAGUCAAUAGGACAGCAUUUCUGUGAUGCUCUCUUGAACUACUGUGUUCAUAAUAAGGAGGAACACAAGAAAGUAGUGAAACAGGAAGCCAGGGUGAACUCCAAGGUCCUGAAUUCUGAUGUGUUAGACUGGGAUUCGAGCAGCCAAACUUCUGACAGCCCAGACUCCUGUGAUCUUGUUGAACACCAGCUAAAACUAGGUACGAAGAAAAAAACCAAAACAUCAGGAGAACAUUUUCACAGCAUUGCUGAGGACAGAAAUCAUGAAAGCAAAAAUACUCAAGGCAUUGAAACUCAACAUAAGAUAUUUCAGGUACUUGAACCAGUGAAAAAAGUAAAAUUGCCACUUGCAGCCUCUGCCAAACAAGUAGGAGAGGAUUUCAGCUCUGAGAGUCUCACCCAGGAUGCUAAAGGCAGUCAUGAAAAGCCGUCUGUGCCACAGGAGGCAGGAAAAAGUGUGUGCCGUGAUACGAUCCUAUCCACAAGAGACAAUUUCCAUUCACCCAGCUUUAAUCUGGUCUCACAGAAGAUUAAGAAACACAAUGGCAAAAGUGUCUCCAAGUCUGCAGAGAAGACAUUUCAAUAUUUAAAAGGUCAUGAUCGUACUGCAAAGAGCAAUUCAAAAAAGGAAGAAAGAAAAAUGAAGGAGAGGCUCCCCUCAGAAAGCACAAGGCCCAAGAAAAACAGGACAGCAAGCCAGAAUGCAAAUUUUGGGAAGAGUAAAUCCUGCCUGCCACAAGACACGCUGUAGUUCUCCCUGCCAUUACUGCCUGAAGCAAAGAAUAGACAACAUACUGCAAAAUACCGGGGUAUAUUUUGGAGCCCCAGUUCUUCAGCCAGUGAAGGCACAUGAAAGUGUCGUAGCUGAUUUGCUUAAACAGUUCCCAAGACUUUGGUUAUGGAUUAUGACUCUACCAACAAGGGAGUAGAUACUCACAGAUAUCAAAAUUCUUCAUGCUCUUUUUUUUUUCUGAAAAAUAGUUCACACACAUUGGCUAAUGUAGACAUGAAGUUUCUCUUACCACAUGAAGAAGUAUCCUAAAUUCUAAACCAGUUUAGUAGCAAGUCUCUCCUGAAUAUAAAGUAUCAUUUGUCUUAAACAAUAUAUACUGGUUUUGUGAGGAAGACUCCCCCCCUCUUCUUUUUUUUCCUUCUUCAUUCUGUUUGGAAGUUUCCCUAAGGUUCUCAAGGAAAGUGAUUAUUCCCCAAGCAGCUGAAGCCACCAUUCCUUGAUCAUAGUAGAGAAACUGGAGGGUCAUAAGCCACAACAAUCAUUCCCCCCCUUUCACCAACAAACCAAAUACAUGUUACACUCAAAAACAUUUGACAUAAAAUCAGUACACAAAUAGUCCAUCUGUGGAACUCUUUGCUAAAGGAUGUCAUGGAUGCAAAAAAUGUACAUGGAUUCAGGUGGAUAUGUACCUUAUAGAUAGACCACUGGGAGUUUUUGAAUAGACACAUAUGGCUUGGGAAAUCUCCUAGGCUGAAAAGAGUGAGAAUCUAGAAGAGUGCUUGGGAAAAGCAUUGGAUAUGUUUGUUCUGUUCCUGCUCUCCCCUGGGAAUCCACAGAUGGUCACCUUGGAGGUGGGGUGCUGUGAUAGAUGGCCCCUUGCCCUAAAGCAGUGUGGCCAUUCAUGUGUUCUUACAUAAUUGGGUAAUAUUUUAUUCGUAACAGUCAUAUACCUGCAUAGUUUGCAUUUUUCUUAAUGUGUGUAGCAUUGUAC